GAAAAGAAACAGAAUGAACCCACAUUUAGUUUGGGUUCCAACCUGCCGCGUACAGUACGCGGCUGGCAAGGCAAGAAGAAGAACGAAGGCCCGAAAUCUUCCGGAACAGCGCCUGGUGUAAAACCUGGCGAGAAGGGAGAGGGAGAAGCCGCUCCUCAACUUCAAGACACCGAUGAACGCAAGAAACACCGUGGUGGUGAAAAGCAGGACCCGGAACCUUCUGAUGAGCAGAAACACCAAUACCAUGGAUCCACCCAGAGUAACCAGUCAGGAGGCAUGAAGAUGCACGAAACUAGUGCUCAGGCUGGUGACGGUGAAAACACAGGUGUCAUCAGUGACGAAGCUGUAUACUCUCCUGGCGAUGAAAGUGAUGACACGGCUAUUACGCCUGAGGAUGAGGAAGUGGUAGACGAGCCUGCACCUUUUAAUUCAUGGGCGCUUGUCCGUGCCAAGUUCCAAGACGCGCUUGGUGAAUGGUUGGGAACUACCAUUUUCGUUGCGAUUGGUGUCAGCAGCAACCUCGCUGUAGCAACUGGAGAAUCACAACACCCAGGCAUCUACCAAAACAUGUAUUGGGGUUGGGGAUUGGCUGUCAUGUUGGGUAUCUACAUCUCGGGUGGAAGCUCAGGUGCACAUCUCAACCCGGCCGUUUCUAUCCCUCUCUGGAUCUACCGAGGAUUCCCUGCUCGUAAGCUUCCAGUUUUCAUCAUCUUCCAAAUCUUGGGCGCCUUUACUGGUGGCCUCAUAGCCAUAGCCAUCUACCGUGACGCCAUCCUCUACAGCGACGGCGGUCUCAUCGGCUCAUCGACUGGCAUCCAAAUCUACACACAACCUAAAGAGUAUGUGCAACCUGCCACAGCCUUCUUCACAGAAUUCCUCGGCACUGCAAUCCUCACCUGCUCCAUUCUGGCACUGGGUGACGACUCAAACUCACCUCCUGGUGCCGGUAUGCACGCUUUCAUUAUCGGUCUUCUCGUCAUCGCCCUCAUUAUGUCUCUCGGCUCCAACACAGGCGGCUGCUUCAACCCCGUCAGGGACUUUGGCCCUCGCCUUGCAGCCAUGGCUAUGGGUUACGGCACCGAAGUAUUUACUGCCUACCACAACUGGUGGAUCUGGGGUGCCUGGGGCGCUACCAUAUCCGGCGGUAUCACUGGCGGUGUUCUCUACGACACCUGCAUCUUCAAGGGCGGUGAAAGCCCUGUCAACUACACACCCAAGAAGUGGCAGGGUAAGGCCAAUGAAGGCAAACUCGACUUUUUGCAAAUGUUCCGUCAACACACUCAAGCUCGCAAUCUUGAGACAGCAAUGGAGAAAGGAGAAGUGGAG